AUGAUGGAGGAAUGUGCCAUUGACACACAGAAUCUUAUCUCCAUUUCUUUGCAGAAAAUCCAUAACUCCAGGACGCAGAGAGGAGGUAUCAAGCUCCACAAGAACCUGCUAGUUACCUACGUUCUGGCGAACGCUAGAGACUUUUACAUGAGCGUGGAGUUCGCAGGAAUGUACAGCAUACAGCAGAACGGGGAGAUGAGGACUGUCUCUGAUGAAAAGCAGGACUCAUUUGAAUUGACCGGGGACUCCGACGAUAUAUCUGGUGAGUUUUGCUGCAACUACAGCGGGGAUUCGUUGGACACUUACCACUGCGCAGCACCACAGUCGGCUGGUUACCCAGUAAUGGUGCCCGAAGCGCACACCCAAACGGUACCUGCCUCGCACACCCAGACGGUAACUGCCUGUCCCAUGGCUCCUGUGCGUCAUUGUGACUCUAACCUGUUGGACUCGGAAAUCAGCUGGGACUGUUAUUCGGAACCUUACACAUCCAAAUGGGACAUUCUUAUUUCAAACACACCCAACAAUCAAAAGACUGUAUUGGACUUGGACACACAUGUAGUGACUACUGUCGAUUAUGGAUAUCUCCACGCAGACUACUGCGCGUCUUUGAAACAACAUGGUCAGUGCCUGCAAAGUUCACCUAAGAAACGAAAAAUUGACUCAAAUUAUGUUUCUGAUUCCGAUUACCUGUCUGACUUUUUGCCCAUGUCAUGCAAACAGAUUAGGUCUGAGGACGUGUAUUGUUGUAAUUCCGAACAGCUGGACACAAAUAACAUCUCCAAUCUAAUGUCCGUGUUAGACUCGGGGUUUAAUGAGCUGUUGAACUGGCAAACGGACUUGGAACAAGUAGGCCUAGUUAAUGGACAAACAAACUGUUGCAAACAAGCAUUGGCGGGCAGCGGUGCAUGGACGAGAGCAAUUGAAGCUUUUUGA